UGGAGCAGCCAUCAGGAUUCAUACCUUCCUCUGUUCCUUUCACUCGCCUCUCAGAGAUGAUGGCUGGUCGGCACGGAGACGACGGCGAAGACGAUGAUUACAUGGGCGACCUCUCCCUCUUCCUCCCUCCCGACCUAGACGUCGAUCCCAACAAGAAAUUGACAGAGAAAGUGAAGAAUAACCCUCCGGCUCCGAAUCCGAAGUCCAAGUUGCCGAAGGGACGUAGCUGGCAAGAGCAGCGGCGGCUCGAGAGGGAGAGGAAGCAGCGGGAGGAGGACGAGCGCACGAGGGCGAGCCUGGAGGAGGCGAUUCCGGACUCCAACGUGGGGUUCAGGAUGUUGAAGAUGAUGGGAUACAAGCCCGGGUCGGCGCUUGGGAAGGACGGUGGCGGGAUGGCGGAGCCGGUGGGACUCCAAAUUCGGCGGUCCAGAGCGGGAAUUGGAGUGGAGGAGGAUGCUGCGAGGAAGGAGAGGGCGGAGGUUGAGGGGAAGCGGAGGAGGGAAGAGGAUAUGAUGGCGGAAUUUGGAACGAGGCAGAAAACGCAGUGGAGGAGCAGGAGGGUUGUUUGGGAUUACAGGAAAGGAGAGGCUGCUUUGGCACAGUUGGAGAAGAGGGAGGUGGUUGAGCCCCCAAAGGAUAAUGAGAAUGAAGAGAAGCCUGAAGAGGAGGAAGAGGAAGAAGUGAUCACUGAAGAGCACCUGUAUGAUAUUCUAACAAAGCUUAGAGACGAGCACCAUUACUGCCUCUACUGUGGAUGCCAGUAUGAGUCUGCAGAGGCAUUGUCGAUCAAUUGUCCUGGAUUAACAGAGGAAGAACACUGAGCACCAGACCUUGAGUUUUUUUUUUGCCUGCACCUCUUCUUUUUCGAAGACUUCAAAGUGCUGAAGCAUCAUCCACUGGAUUGAUAUGGCAACCUGUGGGAAACAAAUGCACAUGCCCAUUCAUUCUUCUCGGUUGGUUGUCCCGCUUUUGAAGAUAUGUUCACGUUCAUCUUCAUGUAAGUCACAAGUUUGAUGCAUCUAACUUUGUUCAAAGUGAUGGGCUCGAGCAACUUUUGACAGCCUAUUUAUGAUAUUUUAUUUUAAUUACAAUUAUUAUAUGUAAAAUAUUAUUAUAUUAAAAUAUUUUUUUAUCAACUUAUCAAAAUUAUAUAAAUUUUAUUAAAAUUAUUUUAAUUUUUUUUUAACAGAUACUUAACAGUUACUAUAAUAUUGUAAUUGGAAUUUAAAUAAUUUUGAUUAGAAUAUUUUAAUAUAAUAGUAUUGAUUUUAAUUAAGGAAAAUAAUUAAUUAUAUUUUGAAAUUCAAAAAUAUAACGAAGGGUUGAUUUAUUGAUUUUUAUAAAAGGACAAUUUUUUAAUCGUGCUGGGUCUGUUUUGUCAAAAAUUUCUUUAGCAGUACAGUGCUGUCUGUUUGUUUUCUGACACAGGUCUGUCUGUCUUAGCACCCCUUUCGGUACUGUCUUGAUCUUCUGCCAGCGAGAAUCUUGAUUCCGAAGGCCAAACAAAUGCACUCUGCCAGGCCUUUUACAGAUGCCUCGGCAGGAGCUAACCAGCCAGUUGUUCGAAAUCGAUUGACGGAUUCAUUUCAAAAUAUUGAGUAAUAUUCAGACUCUGAGGGAAGCAUCAAUUCGAUGGCAAUGCAUCACAUGGCAUGUGGUCGCAUCUGGGACAUGUGUAAGCAUGAGGGGGCCAAGGUCUGACUGCUCUGUCACCUGCCAACACUAUUCAAGUGCAAUGAAGUGUCUUUGAAUUAUCACAGCAGUUUUCUUGGAAGAAAAUUCGAAAAUUCUUGCUCGGUUGGCAAAUAGAAUGGAUACUGAGAAUGUCUUUGAUCUA